AUGGUUCGAACCGGCUUUGGCAGCUCCGUCCAAUUGCCAACAUACUUCUUCGCAAAGCGACGAUUGACCCGACACCUGGGGAUGGAAGAAGGCCCUGCUCUCCAUCUGGCCAGCAGUACCGUUUCUGGAUUCGUCGUAUGCUGCGUCAUGCACCCGCCUGACACGAUCAUGUCCCGGAUGUACAACCAGAGUGGAAACCUUUACAAAGGCGUGUUCGACUGCCUCUACAAGACGAUCUCCACCGAAGGUUUCUUUGCGAUCUACAAGGGAUACUUUGCUCAUCUGGCUCGUAUUCUCCCGCAUACGAUCUUGACCCUGAGUCUUGCGGAGCAGACCAACAAACUGAUUCGCAAGAUCGAGGAUCGCAUCCUGCCUGAUUCUCUUCGCGCUAAGCUGUGA